AAUUUCCUAGGACGUUCCCACUGCAACAACAGUGCGGAGGAGAAGAGUAAAGAGGCGCUCCGAACAACAUUCUAGGCCUCCUAUGUCAUUGUUCACUCGGUGAAAGGACUUUUAUUUUUGCAUGCAUUAGAUGAGACCCCCCCUGAGAAAAUUCAGGGGAAUUUAAGUAAUAGAAGCAGUAAACACUAAGAACGAAGAUCCAAGUUGCAGUGGCCUAAUAACAGCAAAUCAAGCACCACGCUGAGUGUUAGCUAUGGAGGAUGUCUCCGCUGUAACGAUCAAAGACGAGGGAGGAGAUGAACAGGAGUCGGAAGAUGUCAGUGAAAAUUUAACCAAUAAGACCGAAAACAGCGUCAACAAGUCUGCCAAAGAUGACAGUACCGAUGUGAAACUAGCCAGUAUGAGGUGUCAGGACUGUGGACAGCAGUUCACUCGCUGGGAGGCCUUCAAGACUCACCUGCGCAAGCAUGUUCUGGAGGAGGCGAUAGCGGAGGAGGAGGAACGAAGGCAGGGCAUUAAGAGAGCCCUGGAGACGAACAGAAGCAAUGGCAAUGUGGAGUCGGCAGCACCUGAGAAAAAGCAGAAAAAUAAUGAUGACAGUGAUUACGAAGAGAACAGUGAUGUAGAUGUGGAAGGUGAUGAAGAAGACGAUGAAGAGUUCUUCGACAGUUCCUGGCAGGUCGGACCAUCAGAGAUCGUCACAGUUCGUCCGCGCGUUGCCAUGCUGUCUGAGGAAGAGAAGCCAGUCUUCAGCGGCUCCCACAAGGUCUAUGCAUGCUCCAUCUGUGGGAAGGUCUACUCCUACCUCGAGUCGUUUAGAAAUCACCAGAAGAUGCAUGAAAAAGAAGUUAAAAAACAACCCACAGAGAACAAGUGCCCGGACUGUGGGAAGGUCUUUGCUCGCCCAUCCCUUCUGGUGACUCACUUGAAAGUGCACAGGCCUCCCGUGCCGAUGGAACCCUCCACUCUGAAGUGUGAUCAGUGUGUAAAAAACUUCAAUUCCCUGCAGACUUAUUUGAUCCACAUGGACCUGCACAAGCAGAAGCCUUUCUGGUGCCUGGCCUGUGCUAAGGGCUUUAGGGAUGAGCUCUCUCUGGACAAACACCUGCAGGGCCACAACCUGAGGCGCCACAAGUGUGACCUCUGUGAAAAGUCUUUCCGCGUUCCCGCUGAGCUCCGCUACCACUACAAUACUCACACUGGCGCCAAGCCCUACAAAUGCCCGCUCUGCAAGAAGAACUUCUCCCAGCUGGGCAACCUCAUCACGCAUCGGAAGAAGCACGUAGGGGUCUACGUCGGGGCCAGCAAGACGCCACUGGGACCCAGGAACCACCUGUUUGCUGGGAGGAGAAGGGUGACUGAGAUGAAGAGGCUGGUGUUCACAGGGAUGGGUAGCACAGAGGAGGCGGAGGUGAUAGAUAUGCUUCAAGAGGAGCAGGAGGAGGAAGAAGAGGAAGAUAUUAAGGUGGGUGAGGAGGAAUCUGGAUCAGAAGAGUCUGAGUCUCGUUCUGAAGAUUCUGGUGCUGAGGGUUCGUCUAAAUCAGAUUCAUCAGACUCUUCUGGAUCUGAUUCCUCUGACGACUCUGAUUCCUCUGGAUCGGGAGUGGAGGAGGAGGAGGAGGAGGAGCAAGAGGGGAAAGAAGAGACUGCAUUGGAAGCACAUGUGGCGGAGCAACAGAAAAGACAUAAGGAAUGGGAGUGUUUUGAAUGUGGUGAAGGGUUUGAUCAAGAGUCAGCAUUGCACCUGCACUAUAUGAAACACGCCAGUGGGGAGCUGCCAGUACAAUGACGGCCGAGUACAUGGUGAGAUUAGCUGUGAAAUGAUUGGUGAGUUGGGCACUGUUCAAUGUGUUUCCACUACUUCAGAGGUGAGUCACUGCUGAAUCCUUGAAUUGAAGAACACUGAAGAAAAUUCCAAAUGAUCCAAAAAAUAUUUGAUCCCCAGUAGGACUUAUUUUUGUCCUUUUUUUCUGCCAUGUUUUGAAGUGUGGGUUGAAUGGGUGAAUUUAGUUGUUUGAGUUGAAGGCCUUGGGGAAGAAAGUUUUUUUUUUCACUAAUCCAAAUGUUUUUGUGCCUUUUUGGUAAGAAAGAGAUGUAUUGCCAAUUUUUGUUGACUGAUUUCCAGAAUUUCAUUUCUUCAACUGUGCUUAUCUAUACAUAAUAUUGAUUGAAGACGAGGCAGAUUGGCGUUAGUUUUUCACACCCAUUUUCAGUCCGAGAGGUCUUAAUUGUUGUAUUUACACCGACCAUAUAGAAAAUUGUAAUUUGAUAAACUGUGAAUAGAUUUAGGGUUGCCGGGUUCCCUGAAAUGUAAUCUCAAAACAACUUGCUUUCUUUCCCUCUUCAAUUUGAUUCAAUCAUGUCUAUUUCUAUCAUGUUUUUUAUUAUGAAAUAUAGCUUUCUUUCGAAGUAAACUUGGGUUUUUCAUUUGUCUGUAAUGGGAAGACAUUGUCUGAACAUGACUCAUUUGCAGAGAUGAGAAAUGAUUUCAUAUAUGUGUGUGUUAUAUAUAUAUAUUUAUUACCAGUCAAAAGUUUUGACAUCUACUCAUUCCAAUGUUUCUUUAUUGUUACUAUUUUCUAUAUUGUAGAAUAAUAGUGACAACAUCAACUAUGAAAUGACACAUAUGGAAUCAUGUAGUAACCAAAAAAGUGUUAAACCAAUCAAAAUAUAUUUGAGAUUGUUCAAAAUAGCCACCCUUUGCCUUGAUGACAGAUUUGCACACUCUUGUUAUUCUCUUAAUCAGCUUCACUUGGAGUGCUUUUCCAACAGUCUUGAAGGAGUUCCCACAUAUGCUGAACACUUGUUGGCUGCUUUUCCUUCACUCUGUGGUCUAACUCAUCCCAAAUCAUCUCAAUUGGGUUGAGGUCAGGUGAUUGUGGAGGCCUGGUCAUCUGAUGUAGUACUCCAUCACUCUCCUUCUUGAUCAAAUUGCCCUUUCACAGCCUGUUGGGUCAUUGUCCUGUUGAAAAACAAAUUAUAGUCCCACUAAGCACAAAUUAAAUGGGAUGGCAUAUCGCUGCAGAAUGCUGUGGUAGCCAUGCUGGUUAAGUGUGCCUUGAAUUCUAAAUAAAUCACUGACAGUGUCACCAGCAAAGCACCAUCACACCACCACCACCAUGCUUCACGGUUGUGAACCACACAUGCGGAGAUCAUCUGUUCACCUACUCUGCGUCCCACAAAGACAUGGUGGUUGGAACCAAAAAUCUAAAAUUGGGACACAUCAGACCAAAGAACCGAUUUCCACCGGUCUAAUUCCAUUGCUAGUGUUUCUUGGCCCAAGCAAGUCUCUUCUUCUUAUUGGUGUCCUUUAGUAGUAGCUAUUUGACCAUGAAGGCCUGAUUCACACAGUCUCUGAACAGUUGAUUUUGAGAUAUGUCUGUUACUUGAACUCUAUGAAGCAUUUAUUUGGGCCUCAAUUUCUGAGGCUGGUAACUAAUGAAUUUAUCCUCUGAAGUAGAGGUAACUCUGGGUCUUCCUUUCCUGUGGCGUUCCUCAUGAGAGCCAGUUUCAUCAUAGAGCUUGAUGGUUUUUGCGACUGCACUCCGUAUUGACUGACCUUCAUGUCUAAAAGUUAUGAUGGGCUGUACUUUCUCUUUGCUAUUUGAGUUGUUCUUGCUAUAAUAUGAACUUUGUCUUUUAUCAAAUAGGGCUAUAUUCUGUAUACCUCCCUUAACUUGUCACAACACAACUGAUUCGCACAUAUGCAUUAAGAAGGAAAGAAAUUCCACAAAUGAACUUUUAACAAGGCACACCUGUUAAUUUAAAUGCAUUCCAGGCGACUAACUCAUGAAGCUGGUUGAGAGAAUGCCAAGAGCGUGCAAAGGGUGGCUACUUUGAAGAAUCUCAUACAAAAUAUAUAUUUAUUUUGUUUUACACUAUUUUACUACAUGAUUCCAUAUGUUAUUUCAUAGUUUUGAUUUCUUCACUAUUAUUAUACAUUGUAAAAAAUGAGUAGAUGUGUAAAUGUUUGAUUGGUACUGUAUAUCUAGCCUACUGUAUUAGUUGCUAUGUUACCGUUACCAUGUCAUCUAGUAUGUACCAGGAAUUAUUAUUCGAUACAACCAUAUCACUCACUCUUCUGUCAGUCUGAUAACCUAUUCAGCUGCAUGUUUUUUGAAAAAGCUUUGUGUAGGAUUUUUUUGUCUCGAUGAAAUUUCUGUUUUUGUAAUCAUAGAAUUGUAACUUGUGUGAUAAAUUAAAUGCAUGUUGAGUCCU